CCGCCAUCAGCUGACUGCAGUACUGUGGGGCUCCAUUGAGAAGAGAGAAAGGCAUCGCUCGUACAAUACUGCGCGUCCUGACACCCGAAUCCAGCAUUUACACCGCAGUCACCUCCAGACAUGGCAAGCCAGUCUCAGGGAAUCCAGCAGCUGCUUCAAGCCGAGAAACGAGCGGCGGACAAAGUCGCCGAGGCCAGGAAACGAAAGAACCGGCGCCUGAAGCAGGCAAAGGAGGAAGCGCAGGCUGAGAUUGAGCAGUACCGCCUGCAGAGGGAGAAGGAGUUCAAAACCAAAGAGGAAGCCGCUCUGGGCUCUCAUGGGAACUCGGCAGUGGAGGUUGACAAAGAGACCCUGGACAAGAUCAAGAGAAUCCAGCUGAACUACCAGCAGAACCGAGAGACCAUGCUGGGCACCCUGCUGACCCUGGUAUGUGAAAUCAAACCCGAGAUCCACGCCAACUACCGGGUGAGCGGAUAAACCCGGCGAGACCCGCGGGCCCGGAGGAACCCAUCCCAGCGCGCCGGCACCAGGAAUGCUCAAGAGCUGGUCUCGGGUGCCGUGUUGUGUGGGGCUUCGUGUGCCUCGUAUCUCAGUGGUUAAUCGAGUGUGUGUUUGUGUUUGUGUGUCGGGGUGUUCCCCAGUGUAUGUAUCGUUAGAAAACCCCGCAGUGCGAGAGGAGAGCCGUUAUUGUUCCCAGUUUUCCUCCCCCAUUAGAAAUGGAUGUUUAGACCCCCCCCCCCUCUGAACAGAGGGAUGAAGAGAAAAUGAAAAAUCUCUCAGUAGAACUUUGUGUCAGCAUUCCAUAUCUGUGUUCUCUGGAUUCUGUAUCCCAUUGCAAAAAUAAAUACUAUUCAAACAAA